GCAUCCUGAAUUUUAAUUAAUUAUCAUUGAUGAAAUUUUUAAGCUCAAUGGAUUCUAGUGAAAAUCGUUUAAAAUUAGCAUAAGACAGCUGAUUCAGAGCUGCAGAGCGUAAAAUUAUAAAAUACGCCUAUUUUAGUUAGACAUAGAGCUUUCUGAAAGAAACCAUAAAAUUUUAGGAAUUAUACAGCUGAAAAUCUAUCAUAAACAACUAUUUUCAUCAAUUCUGUCUUAGUGUGAAAUAUCUGUUCGUCUCAUCUCAGAUAUGAAUGGUAGAUAUCCAUUGGGUCAUAGGAUAGUGAUGAGGUGGUGCGUCCUUGGACAUAUAGAUAACCUUCAGGAGCUUUCAUAGAGUCUAGUAAAACUCUAAAGUCUAUUCUUUGUCUCAAAACCAUUGAUAAUUAAAAUUUUAACAUUCCUGAGCUUAUAACCAAGCUCUACCCUCCAAAAAUUCAUUUGGAUUUUAUAAAAACUGUUUGAAAGAGGGGACAUGGCAGAUCACCGCUCUAAAUGAAUGAGAAGAGGCAAGAAUCUACUCAGUUAAAGUCUGAACUAGUGAAACAUAAGAUAUCCAGAAAUUAUGACAAAAAGAUUUUCAUCAACAAAGUAAUGAAGGUUCUUGAGAUACUCAAGGAAAAAUAUUGAUGAACUUUUGAGAAGAAGUGUGCAAGUCUCUUCAAGAUCAGCGAAGAACAAUGAUGAUGUAGUAUCCAUCCAUGACGACACCCAACCUUGAUACCUCCUUGUAGGAGAAGACUUAGGAGGAUUUCAUCAUAAAUUUCUGAGUUCUUGAUGAAUUUUAGAUUUUCUCAGAAUGUUCAUGACAACAUUCCUCUUUGUAUUAUCUAAAUAUUGGCGGACAUCUUUGUCAAAAGGGCGGGUAUUGUUUGGGACCCAUCUGGUGAAAGACCUGGCCUGACUAACCCACAAGGAUUGCAAUUUCCAACCACAAAAUAUAUGCGACAUCAAUAAAUUAGAUGAGAAGGCUUACUUUCCUCUUCAAGAUGAAGGAAUGUUAAUGUUAUUAGAAAAAUCUUGAUGAAAAGUAAAUUUUAACUAAUUUCACUAACUAGCAAGCGGUGAACAAAUCAAGAAAAACUUGGAUAUCUUCGCACUAGGAAGAGAUGAAGACUUCCUGAUCUUGGUAGAGUAUGCCUCAUAAAGCUAGAAUUGAAAUCUGAGUAAAAAUUGGAAGGAUAGAUUGCAUCUCAUCAUUUUUGAUGUAGUCUGUAACAAGUGUUAUAUCUUGUUCUUUCACAUUCAAAAAAGCACCCUAGAGCUUAGGAAAGCUUGGAGAGCAGUAUUUGUUUAUGGCCUAACUAUGAAUGAGACUGUUUUGUUUAUUUUCCUAUUGACAAGUGCUAAUUUCAAAAAAUGACAAAAUCACUCUUAUAAAUUAUGAAAUCGAGUAAACUCAAAUAGAAUCUAUAAUCCAAAGUAUCCAGAUCGACAACCGAAUCAGUCUUCUUCAGUUUUUAGCAAGGAUACUAUAAAUUAAGAACUUGCAUCAUCAGCUAUAAACUGAAGAAUCAGGGAAAUACCUGUAUCUGAUUCCUUUCCGAUGCUAGGCUGAAGUAAGCAAUAUUCAUCAAGUUUCCAAUAAUCAAAACUUUCAUAAAAACUGAGAUCAACAAGCUAGCAAUCAAGAGAUGUGCCAGUUAGAGUAUUCAGAGGCGGCUUGAGUUUAGUUAAAUGAGGCCUUUUUAAGUUUGGACUCUAAGAAUUUAGUAUUGAGUAUUUUAUGAAGACUUAGACUCAAAGUCACGCCAAUCUUUCAUUCUCUGAUAACUUUGACCCCCAAUUUAGAAAGAUAAUGAAUUGAGUGGGAUGUGAUGACUAAAUUUUGAAAUUUCUGACAAAUACUAGCUAUCUUAAUAAAUGGAUAAUUGAUGAAUUUGGAGAUAUCUGAAAGAGGUUGAUAAGGAUGUCGAUUUAUUACUACAGUCUUCAUUUAGUAUGCUAUUUUUAAUCAGCUCUUUCUAACAAAUAAAUGACAUAACACAGAUGUCACUAUUAUUAACAAUUUUCUUAGCUUAUUCCCUUACUAAGCACUCUCAUUCCCUACCGAUAUAAAAUCGUGCAUAAGAUGGUCAACCAUUGGUGAACAGCCGAAUUGAAACCUAAGUUUCAUAUAAAACCCAGAUCUUAAGCCCUAAC